AUGGCGGGCUGGUGCCAGGGCCGCGCCGACCGGCUGGAGGAGGAGCUCACCACAGCGCUGCGGGCGGCCACGGACGUCGACCUGAAGGAUCUCGCCCUGUGGGCAGCGGUGACCAUCAGCGAGGAGGCCGACUCGGGGCAGACGGUGGAGUCGGUGGUGCGUGUGCCCCGCUGUCCACGUCUCUCGCUCACCGCCGCCCUCUGUCGGCUGUCCACCGACAUCAACCGGCUGGGCUCCAUGACAUUGGGCAGGGAGGUGCAGAACCAGCUGGUGCAGACGUGCGUGCGCCGGCUGGUGGACGUGUUCGCGCGCCACCUGGCGUCGCUGGGACAGGAAGGCCUUUCGCAGAACCAGGCGCUGCAGGCGCUGGUCGACGUGCACUUCCUGAAGAGCCUGGCCUCGGCCAGAGACCAGGAGCUGACUAAGAAGAUUAGCAGCACGUGCGAGUCCAUUGAGGAGCACAUCGACCCGUUCGACCUGAACGUCUGCUGGCCACACGCGCUGAAGAACCUUCGACAGUUCACGCAGCAGUCGCAGUCGCUGCUGGGUGCGCUGACUGUGGACCGCGGCCCAGUGCGCCCGCUGGCCGGCGGCGGCGCUGGCAGCAGCAGCGGUCAGCAGGAGCAGCACAGCCUGCUGCUGCUGGCCGCCCGACCCGUCCGCUUCAGUUUGCUGGCCGUGCCCGACUCGUCGCCGCUCGAGAGGUCGCGGCCCCUGCCCGCCGCCCGACACGACAAGACGGCCGUGCAGGAGUCGCGGAAGAAGACGGAGACCAUGAAGCCGAGCUCGUCGUUCUUGGCCGGGCUCAGCGGCAGCUGGUUUUAACACGGCGGCCCCGCCGACCUGCUGAGGUGACGGCGCGUCCCGGCCGGGCGGAGGGCCGGCUCCACAUGCCACCGCUGCCGAGGUCACGGCGCGCCCCGGCCGGGCGGAGGGCCGGCUCCACAUGCCACCGCUGCUGAGGUGACGGCGCGCCCCGGCCGGGCGGAGGGCCGGCUCCACAUGCCACCGUUGCCGGGGUGACGACAGUCACCGCUGCCGGGGCGAGCGGCCAGCAUUGUUCUGUUACGUUGUGCGUGCAUUCAAUUUUGCAGCUGCGGCAUUGCUGUGUAUCAGUGAAUUAUCAAUACAGGUGUGGGUUACGCAAAU